AUGGGCGGCGAGUCGGCCGAAGCGGAGAGAUGGGGGGCGAGUUGCUCCACUAGAACUGCCAUGUUGUCCUCCCCCAAACGGGCCACCUCGCAAUACAUCCGCCCUUCACCCUAA